AAAUAAAUUGAAUAUUAUUAUUAAUAUAAAGCUAGCUUCCCACUACGCUCAAUCAUUUCAAAACCCCCCAUUAUUACAAUCUCUAUCUCUCUAUCUCUGUGUCUCUGUCUCUCUCUCUCUAUAUCAUCAUCAUCUCACAAAUCCAACUAAUUUACAUAUCCGUAUUCCUUCUUCCAUAGAAUAAAUACCCUUCACCCCAUAUAUUUGUGACUUAAUAUUUCAAACAAGUGUUGUAUCAAACAUUACACUUUCAAAAAAUAAUUAACAAAAAAAAAAUAAAAAAGCUAUCAUCAUCAACCAUGUCUUUGGCAGGUUCACUCAACCCAGCAGAUCCAGAAAAACUCUUCAAAAAAUCAUUCCAUAAGAGGAAUGACUCCGGGGAGCUCGACGUGUUCGAGGCGGCGAGGUACUUCUCCGGAUACAACGAAUCAUGUGGCACCACGUCAUUCAACCAGAAGAUAUGUAGCAGUAGUAGUAGCAGUAGUAAGGAUCAAGAUCAUCACAGCAGAGCUUAUUGGAGUACCAAUAGUAGCAGUACUAGAGGAUCCUCAUCAGGAGGAAGAAUAAGCCUAGACAUGCCUAGAAGAAGCCUACUUAAUCUUAACAAUCACCAUGAUCAUCAUGAUCACCAUGCUCUUCAUCAUCACCAUCAUCAUGGGGUGGUAAUGAUGGAGAAGCAAAUGAUCAAAGAGAAGAAGUAUAAGCAGCCAAGCUCCCCAGGUGGGAGACUGGCCAGCUUCUUGAACUCCCUUUUUAACCAAUCCUCAUCGAAGAAGAAAAUAAAAUCCAAAUCUAAUGCUUUGUCCUCGAAAGAUUACGAUCAGGAUGAUCAAAGCGGAGGCGGAGGAAGAAGAAAAAGAAGGAGUAGCAUAAGCCACUUUGGGAGCACUACAACUACUACUACGACUACAGAUUCAAAAGCUUCUUCUUUGUAUUCUUAUAACUCUUCAAGCUCGGGUUUUAGAACACCUCCUCCUUAUAUUGCCCAAUCAACUCCCACCAAGAAUUUCAGAAGCUUUUCGGAUAAUCACAAGCAACUACUUUCAACUUUGUCCAAGUUCAGCAACAACAACAACAGCAAUAAAGCUCAUCACCAAAAUGAUAGUGAUCAUCAUCAAGCUGUAAAGGACUUGUUGUCGUCUCAGCAAGAUCAUGAUCAUGAUCAGAAGGAGAACAUGGUCAAGAAUAAUGGUAAGGGAUCAAACGCAUUGUCAUCAUCAUCCUCGUCUAUUCAGAAAGAUAAUUUAGUUAGUAACAUCAAGUUUCAUCAGUCUGAGAAAAAAGUAAUUGCUGUAUUGAGAAAAUUUGAUGAUGAUAUAAACGAGGAAGAUGAUGAUGGUGGAGAUAGUGACUCCAGUUCUGAUCUGUUUGAGUUGCAGAACUAUGACCUGGGUUGCUAUUCCAGUGGUCUACCAGUUUAUGAAACUACCAACAUGGAUACCAUCAAGAGAGGUUCAAUAUCAUCCGCACCAAUUUCCAAUAUAUAAUUAUAUAAUAAUAUAGUAAUUGAAAUUAUUGCUGUAUAAAACAAUAUAAUAUAUAUAUAUGAUGUUAAUUUGAUGAUGGUUUAAAUUGUCAUCUUACUGAUUAUUAUUAUUAAUUCCUGUUUUAGGAAGCUAGAGCUAGGUUGAGAGAUCGAGAAGGAUCAUUUUUUUGUUUUAAAUUUAUUCUGAUCAUCUUUGAUCAUUUGUUUCUUUUUUCUGUGGAGAGUACUUUUAUUUUUUGCUUUAUUUAUAUUUUGUGUUUUCUCUGUACGUAUAUGUAAUGUGUACAGUUUGGAGUGUUUGUUUGUCUCUCUUUUUUCUUCUCUUUUGGAAAUAUGUCAUGGAGGAUAUGAUGGAAUAUGAGAAGUACCAUUAGUAUAAA